AUGUCGGAUCCCUUCAAGGUUCGUUACUUGGCUCCAGCGUCAAGCUCAGAUGGUCAAACACUGCCGGCGAAACACACAUUGAAAUCCAUUCGAUCUCGUCGUAACGCGUCCUUGUCAUGUUCAGCAUGCAGGCUUCGAAAAACAAAGUGUCAGGGCGGACCUCCAUGCGAAAACUGCGUGAAAUACAAAACGGAAUGUCGGAGAGAGGAAGACAAAGAUGGCCGCCGACAGACAUCCCUGAAACGAAAGCUUAUCGAACUUGAAAAGGACCGCGAUCUUCUCGUGCGCCUCCUCGAGACCAUUCGCGACGAAGAGGAUGUUAAAGUCACGCAGCUGCUCAAUCUCAUUCGCAGCAAUGUUCCGCCGGAUGAGAUUCGACCUUCCCUCGCUGAUGGAAGACAGCGGUCGAAACGCCGAAUCUGCCCCGAUACUAGCCAGGUUAUAAAUGAGGACAUUUCGUCUGCGCAUGACUCUAUUGAACCGCGGAGUCGCCGCAACGUCAUGGCAAUAAGAAGCCUCUGUAACACCACAUAA